AUGGCGACCUCAACCUCAACAGCAGCGGCCCCAUUCGAAUUCCCGCGCGAGUACUACUUCCCACCCUUCUUCACCCGCCAGACCAACCUCAACACCCACCACGCCCAGCUGGUAAAGUGGUCGGCGCUGGUCCUCUCGUACUGCCAGCACCACCGCAUCUUCAAGCUGCCCUUGAGCCCGACGACCACGACCACCACCUCCACGACCACCUCCACCUCGACCGCCGGCGCCACCGCCGAGGACAUAUUCUUCAACAGGAGACUCAACAGGCGGCUUGCGCUGGCGGACGUCAGGGAGGUGGUCGACUUUAUGAAAAAGGACGGGCGGGCCGAGUACGUCGGUGACGGCGAGGGCGCUGGCGGUGACGUCGUGUGGGUGUACUGGCGCACGCCCGAGGAAUGGGCUGCACUUGUCGAAGCCUGGGUCGACGAGACAGCACAGAAAGGGACCGUGCUGACGCUGUAUGAGCUUGUCGAGGGCGAGGGUACGAGGGGCACCGAAUUCCACGGCCUGGAUCAGGACCUGCUACAGAAAGCCCUCAACGUACUGGUCAAGAGGGGCAAGGCACAAAUCUUCGGGCAGGAAGAUUCACAAGGUGUCAAGUUCUUCUGA